AGCUGAAGGUGGCCACAAAACAAAGCUUGCGUCUUGUUGUCACACUCCAUAUCCAGCUCACUGCUCUUGUUGGAGCUUGACAUACCUUCCAAACAAACCCACAUGAAAUUAUUAAUUGAAACUUUAUUAUUUUCUUCCUCAUAAGAGAGAGAGAAAAAAUCAAACUCUCAACGUCACAUCUAUCUAUCUUGCACCUACAAAAGGCCACCCCAGUUUCAUUCUUACUUGCUCUCCCCCACUUCCUCUUCUAAGCUCCUUUAGCCUUUUUUUCUCCUUCAACCUCUCAUUCACAAAUAUAAAAUAAAUAAAUCACACCCCAUUUUAAGAAAAUGAGAGAAAUCCUCCAUAUUCAAGCCGGGCAAUGUGGGAACCAAAUUGGAGGCAAGUUUUGGGAGGUUGUGUGUGAUGAACAUGGCAUUGACACAAGUGGAAACUAUGUUGGAGAAUCCCCUCUUCAGCUUGAGAGGGUGAAUGUUUACUACAAUGAAGCAAGUGGAGGAAGGUAUGUCCCUAGAGCUGUCCUAAUGGACCUUGAGCCAGGCACCAUGGACAGCUUGCGCACCGGUCCUUACGGAAAAAUCUUCAGGCCGGACAACUUUGUGUUUGGCCAGAAUGGAGCUGGCAACAAUUGGGCCAAAGGGCAUUACACUGAAGGAGCUGAGUUGAUUGAUUCUGUUCUUGAUGUUGUUAGGAAAGAGGCUGAGAAUUGUGAUUGCUUACAAGGAUUCCAGAUUUGCCAUUCUCUAGGAGGUGGUACUGGGUCUGGCAUGGGGACCUUAUUGAUAUCAAAGAUCAGGGAAGAGUAUCCUGAUAGGAUGAUGAUGACCUUCUCUGUGUUUCCCUCACCUAAGGUCUCCGACACGGUUGUUGAGCCCUACAAUGCCACGCUUUCCGUUCACCAACUUGUCGAAAACGCUGAUGAGUGCAUGGUCCUUGACAAUGAGGCUCUCUAUGAUAUCUGCUUCCGAACUCUCAAGCUCACAAAUCCCAGCUUCGGUGACCUGAACCACCUGAUCUCCACAACCAUGAGCGGCGUAACGUGCUGCCUCCGGUUCCCGGGGCAGCUGAACUCCGACCUCCGCAAGUUGGCCGUCAAUCUGAUCCCCUUCCCUCGCCUCCACUUCUUCAUGGUAGGGUUUGCGCCCUUGACGUCCCGGGGCUCACAGCAGUACCGAGCCCUAACCAUCCCAGAACUCACUCAACAAAUGUGGGACGCCAAGAACAUGAUGUGCGCCGCCGACCCCCGCCACGGCCGCUACCUGACUGCCUCCGCGAUGUUCCGUGGCAAGAUGAGCACGAAAGAAGUGGACGAGCAGAUGAUCAACGUGCAGAACAAGAACUCAUCGUUCUUCGUGGAGUGGAUCCCCAACAACGUCAAGUCCAGCGUCUGCGACAUCCCUCCGACGGGGCUGUCGAUGUCGUCCACGUUCAUGGGGAACUCGACGUCCAUUCAGGAGAUGUUCAGGCGGGUAUCCGAGCAGUUUACCGUCAUGUUCAGAAGGAAGGCUUUCUUGCAUUGGUACACUGGUGAAGGCAUGGACGAGAUGGAGUUCACUGAGGCUGAAAGCAACAUGAAUGAUCUUGUUUCGGAAUACCAACAAUACCAGGACGCUGCUGUGGCUGAGAAUGAGGACGAGUAUGAUGAUGAAGAGGCGGAGGAGAUGUGAAUGUGUAUUAUAUACAUAUAUAUAAUAUACAUGUGUUUUUUUUAUUUUUAUGGCUAAUAUACAUGUGAAGAGAAUUAUUAGUACGGAUGUUAAUAUUUGUAUUUCAAUGUUAAUAAGGGGGCAUAUAUAUGUCCAUUCGGUUCUUAUUGUAUUGGUUAUGGAUGUAUGUAUAUUUU